AUGGCUCCUCGUCCCAUCUUCUGCGCUACGCAUCCCCGAGCUGUUUCCACAGCCUUCGAGAGGGUCUUCAUGACCUGUCGUGAUACUCUGCGCUGUGUUCACGAGCCCUUUGGCGAUGCCUUCUACUUCGGCCCUGAGCGCAUGGGCAAACGCUUCGCCAAUGACGAAAAGGCCCGACAGGAGAGCGGCUACGCCAACACGACAUAUCGUGACGUUCUCAAUGACAUCGAAUCGGACGGGCAGAAUGAGGGAAAGCGCAUCUUCAUCAAGGACAUGGCUUACUAUUUCAUGGCGCCGGAUGGCGAGCCCACGAGCAUUGCACCCUCGCUCGGCGGCCGUCCCGAGCCCACCAACCCGACCAAUAUACCUCUGGAUAUUUUGCGCAAGUUCAACUUCACCUUUCUCAUCCGCCAUCCGAGCCGCUCCGUCCCCUCCUACUGGCGCUGCACGAUCCCGCCGUUGUCCGAGAUCCACGGCUUCGACCACUACAUGCCCAGUGAAGCUGGCUACGAGGAGCUCGUCCGGCUGUUCGACUACCUCAUCAGCGAGGGGAUCGUGGACAAGGACAAUCUGACCGUCCUGGACGCGGAUGACAUGCUGGACAACCCAGAGGAGAAGAUCAAGGAGUACUGCAAGCGCACAGAGAUUGAAUUUGACCCCAAAAUGCUCGAGUGGACCGAGGAGGAUGGCCAGGACGCUGCCAAGCACUUUGCCAAGUGGAAUGGUUUCCACGAUGAUGCCAUCCACAGCUCGUCCCUCAGGCCGCGGGCGCAUGCUCAGAAAGCGUCGACCGUCGAGUCGGAGAAUGCCGAGUGGACUGAGAAGUUCGGCGCCGACGCGGCCAAGGCCAUUCGCCGUACUGUCGACGCCAAUAUUCCCCAUUAUGAGUACUUGAAGCAGUUCAAGCUAUAA